AUGUGCCCACGUGGCUACCGGCAGCUCUCACUUCAAUCUCAAAACAAGUGCAUCUACUCACGACCGCUCAUGCUGUUUCUGUCCAACACGUCGUUUGACGGUCUGAGUGGUUUCAUCUCAUCCCAGGAGGAGACAGUGAUCUCCUCAGAGAGCCAUCACUUCAUCUGGUCCCUGCAACACGACCCCAUAGGGAAGCCCAUGUGGACCAGACUGGGCCGAUGGAAGCAUGACAGGGUGCUACUGGACUACACUGCCUGGACCAACAAACAGGCAUCCUAUCAGGGCGGGGACUGGAGAUACCUGUCGCGGCUCCACCUCCGGGUGGUGACGUUAGUGGAGCACCCCUUCAUCUUCACCCGGGAGGUGGAUGAGGACGGUCUCUGUCCCGCUGGUCAGCUCUGCCUGAACCCCCUCACCAACAACACAGUCCUGCUCCAGUCUCUCUUCCUCCAGAUGCGGGGGCCCAACGACAGCAUUCCCAUGGAGUAUAAGAAGUGUUGCUACGGCUACUGCGUCGAUCUACUGGAGAAACUGGCGGAGGACGUGGGGUUUGACUUCGACCUGUAUAUUGUAGGCGAUGGCAAGUAUGGUGGGUUUAAGAACGGACGCUGGACAGGGCUGGUGGGGGAUCUUCUCAGCGGAGCGGCCCACCUGGCCGUCACAUCUUUCAGUAUCAACUCGGCCCGGAGCAGGGUUAUAGACUUCACCUCCCCGUUCUUCUCCACCUCUCUGGGCAUCCUGGUACGGACCCGGGAUACGGCCGCGCCCAUCGGGGCAUUCAUGUGGCCCCUGCACUGGUCCAUGUGGCUGGGGAUAUUCGUCUCGCUACACGUUACUGCCUUGUUCCUGACCAUCUACGAGUGGAACAGCCCGUUUGGGAUGACGCCGCGAGGCAGGAACAGAGAUAAGGUGUUCUCCUUCUCCUCGGCUCUGAACGUCUGCUAUGCCAUCCUGUUUGGCCGUACAGCUGCCAUUAAACCUCCUAAGUGCUGGACGGGGCGGUUCCUCAUGAAUCUCUGGGCUAUCUUCUGCCUGUUCUGUCUGUCCACCUACACAGCCAAUCUGGCCGCCGUCAUGGUGGGGGAGAAAACCUUCGAGCAACUCUCAGGAAUACACGAUCCAAAGCUUCAUCACCCAUCACAGGGGUUCCGCUUCGCCACGGUCCGGGAGAGCAGUGCCGAGGAUUACCUGAAGAAAAGCUUUCCAGAGAUGCACGAAUACAUGAGACGGUACAACGUACCAGCAACCCCAGAUGGAAUAGAACAUCUGAAGCAUGAUCCACAGCAACUGGAUGCUUUCAUCAUGGACAAGGCCUUACUAGACCACGAGGUGUCUAUAGAUGCAGAAUGCAAGACACUCACUGUGGGGAAACCAUUUGCAAUUGAAGGUUACGGCAUCGGCCUGCGCCAGAACUCCCACCUGACCUCUAAUAUCUCAGAGCUGGUGAGCCAGUACAAGUCUGACGGCUUCAUAGACAUGCUACAUGAUAAGUGGUAUAAGGUGGUGCCCUGUGGGAAACGGAGCUUCGCAGUCACAGAGACCCUACAGAUGGGCAUUAAGCAUUUCUCAGGCCUGUUUUUGAUGCUGUGUGUCGGGCUCGGUCUGUCUCUCCUCACCACCCUGGCUGAACACAUAAUCUACCGCUUUGCCAUACCCAGAGUCAAGGAGCCCAAGUUCAAGUACUGGCUGCAUACUAGUCAGAGGUUACAUCGAGCAAUGAACUCAUCUUUCAAUGACGAUAAACUGCAGACUGUAGCCAAGCCAGAAGAAAGGUGCAUCAUGGGUAACAACCAACAACAACUGCAGCCAUGUGUACCAUGGAAUAGCUCCAACUGCAACAGGAGGAAGAUCCCACCUCAGGAGUCCCUGCUAAAUGUUCUGGAGUCUCCCCCCCUCUCUGUGAAGAGCCUGGUCCCCUGGCAGGCAACAUCUAACGGGAGGACAGACCAGGUGGGUCUGCAGGUCAGGACCAACCCAAUGCUGCAGGAGCUGUCAGAGCUGGAGACACACAUCACCAUCAUCAAACAACAGCUGCACAUCGCCAUGAUGAAGAAGAGGGAGCUGGAGCAACCAGCAGAAACACAUGACAGAGUAGCAGACACACAGGAACACUGA